CUGAGGCGAGCUGGUAAAUUCGAUUUUCUAUAGUUAAUUUAAAACUUAUCGCCUUCGUCACCUCUCCACAUGUCUCCCAAGGUCCGCCAUGGAGGUGACAGCGGACAUUACCCGGAGCCUGGAAGUGCGCACUCGAGUCGUAACCCAGAUUCUUACGCGGCCUUCCACCACCAUCACAACCAUCGUCACACUUGGAGGUAGCCCGACCUCAACUCCCACUUCUAUCCCUUUCCCCACGACGCCACCCCCUGACCCAACACCAACGACUCCCAUUGCCCAAGCAUCUCCCUCAGGAAGCGCUCUCAACCCACAACAACUCGGCGCGCUCUUAGGCUCUGUGUUUGGCCUUGCCUUCCUAGUCCUGCUCAUCUGCUGCUGCCUGUCCUGCUGCCGACGACGGCGACGUCUCCAGGACACCAUGUACUACGACGACGGCGAUUUCAGCAAUAGCGAGGUCGUCCUGCGCAGCACGCCCGCUUGGAACCUGCACCGACACCACCGGGGAACAUGGGCGACUGUGCCGCCGCCUGUGCACUUCCCUCCUACCCCACGGUACACGCCUUACUCGCAGACCAGGGAGGCGCAGAUGCCCGGGGUUGCGAGAUACCCCUGAGUGUUUGCCUGGGUAAGCUGGGAUUUAUCAGAUGUUAGCUUGGCUUGCGACAAUGUUUUGGGACAGGAGGAGGAGUCUGCUGGGGUUGACCUCACCUUAGGUAUGCGUGGAGCCUGAGUCGUGCCUGACUUAGUUUUAGGAGUGUGGAAGGAUGUUUCAUCUCUCGAGAAUGGCCCAAGUAGAUUCAUCAGAUUUAGCAUAACUAUGCCGGGAUGUACUGGAACGCUUUGAAGUCGUUCGUCUGGCUGCUGCGAGUCAUCAUUCAUUUAUUCCUCGGUAAAUGUAUGCUAGCCGUCAAUGUUGCCGUUGCGGGAUCGCGUAGGGCAAAGUCUCCGCGAUUCACUACUUUUUUUAAAAAAAAUGAACCUGUUGAAAGUUGCCGUUGUCGAAUGGUACUGGGAUCCUGAGGGGGGCUAGGAGGUUCUAC